GAGAGUUUAAUUUAACACACACACAUCGCACACCCCGUAUGUAGCCACACAUUAAAGAUACACGCACACGCUGGCACAACAACCACCACCACCACCACCAGCCCCUCCUACUCCUCCACCGUAUAUAUCAAUGCCGACGCCGAGCGAGACAGAAGCCCCGACGGAGAGGAGGGCGCAAGCGGCCGAGCGAUUGAGCUGGGUACCCACGACUCCAUCUCGACUGCCUUGGUGCUCGACCCUACCCCUUCUCUCUGUUGCGCCACCACGAGCGACGAACAGAGACGCAACAUCAUCAGCAGCAGCAGCAACACAACAGCAUCAGUAACGGCAGCAGUAACGGCAGCAGAGUGAUCGGUUGAAUUAGCGGAGGUAGCUGCAGCAUUAGCAUCGGCGACAUCAGCAGCGGCAGCAGCAUUACCACCAUCAUCAUCAGCAGCAGCUGCUGCGAUAGCCGCAGCCAUGUCGCCGCAGAGCCGGUGGCGAGGAUCGGGAGGAUCCGCGGAGGGGAGCUCUGAUCUGGCAGGCGACUGCGGGACUGCGAACGGAGUCGGACUGAACCCUGGCAAGCAGCGUAGUGGUGGUGGCGGUGGCGAUGGAGGAGGAGGAGGAGUGGCGCUCCGGAAAGAGAUCGGCCUCGUGAGCGCUUGUGGCAUCAUUGUGGGGAACAUCAUCGGCUCGGGGAUCUUCGUGUCCCCCAAGGGCGUGAUGGAGAACGCCGGCUCGGUGGGCCUCGCCCUCCUCGUGUGGAUCAUCACAGGCGUCAUCACCGCCAUCGGCGCCCUCUGCUACGCCGAGCUGGGGGUCACCAUCCCCAAGUCCGGCGGCGACUACAGCUACGUCAAGGACAUCUUCGGGGGGCUCAUGGGAUUCCUGCGCCUGUGGAUCGCGCUGCUCGUGAUCUACCCCACCAACCAGGCCGUGAUCGCCCUCACAUUCUCCAACUACGUGCUGCAGCCGCUCUUCCCCACGUGCCUCGCGCCCGACUCUGCCCUGCGCCUCCUGGCCGCGAUCUGCCUCCUGCUGCUGACGUGGGUGAACUGCUCGAGCGUGCGCUGGGCCACGUGCGUGCAGGACGUGUUCACCGGGGGCAAGCUGCUCGCCCUCGCGCUCAUCAUCGUCAUGGGCUUCGUGCAGAUCUGCAGAGGCCACUACCACUGGCUGGAGCCCCAGAACGCGUUCCGUGCGUGGCAGGAGCCCACGGUGGGGCUCGUCGCCCUCGCCUUCCUGCAGGGAUCCUUCGCCUACGGGGGGUGGAACUUCCUCAACUACGUCACCGAGGAGCUCGUCGACCCCUACAGGAAUCUCCCGCGUGCCAUCUUCAUCUCCAUCCCGCUCGUCACCUUCGUCUACGUGUUCGCCAACAUCGCCUACGUCACCGCUAUGUCUCCUGAAGAACUCCUCAGCUCCAACGCCGUCGCCGUGACGUUCGGAGAGAAGCUGCUGGGGGUCAUGUCGUGGCUCAUGCCGAUCUCCGUGGCGCUCUCCACGUUCGGCGGCGUCAACGGCUCCCUCUUCACGUCGGCACGGCUGUUUUUCGCCGGAGCAAGGGAAGGUCACCUGCCGAGUCUCCUCGCCAUGAUUCACGUGCGGCAGUGUACACCCAUCCCCGCCCUGCUCUUCACGUGUGCCACCACCCUGCUGAUGCUGCUCACGAGCGACAUGUACACGCUCAUUAACUACGUGGGCUUCAUCAACUACCUCUUCUACGGCGUCACCAUCGCCGGCAUGCUGGUGCUGCGCUGGAAGCAGCCCGACAUUGCGAGGCCCAUCAAGGUGAGCGUGAUCUUCCCCAUCAUCUACCUCCUCUUCUGGGCCUUCCUGCUCGUCUUCAGCCUCGUGUCGGAGCCCGUGGUGUGCGGCGUCGGCCUCGCCAUGAUGCUCACCGGCGUGCCCGUCUACUUCCUGGGCAUCUACUGGACAAACCGACCCAAGUUUCUCGACACCAUCAUCGACGCGGUGACGUACGGCGGGCAGAAGCUGUGCGGCGUCGUCUACCCGCAAGACGACGCCGCAGCCUCCAAGGGGGAGGGGAGCGGAGAUGCGGGGGGCGACACGCAGAGUCUCAAGGGCAAGGGGUGCCCCCCCAGCCCGACGCCCUCGUAUGGGAGCACAGAGUGAUAGACCUAGCCCCCCCACCCCUGCCCCCCCACCCCCCACCCCCGCGACACCUUGCGGAGACACCCACGUGGGAGCCGCCCACGCGUCUACCGCAAACCACAAAUAUUUUCAUUUCCACCAUUUCCACCACCGCUACCACCAUAGGCAACGAAAACCGCGGUGCUUGUGCCAGGCUAGGUGCACUCCGAGGCCAUCGCGGUGAAGUGUCGGAGGAGACGGGAAGUCACGGGGACAGACCCAGGUGCUGUAGGUUCACUGCCGUGCCAGGCUAGGUGCAUGUUGAGGCCGUCACGUUAAGUUUUCGAAGGCUCGCUGCUGGGGGAGCAGGAGGUCACGGGACAGACACGGGCACUGCUAACACCACCAACUACCGCCACUACCGCCACUACCACCAACUACCGCCACUACCGCCACUACCAC